AUGUCCGGCGGUAAAACGAAGGAUGACAUCGUUGCGGACGUGACCAAGGUUUGCACUGCAGCACUUGAGAAGAAGGGUAGGGGAGCGAUGCUGUUAAUGCAUGAUGUUUUCUGCUUGGUGAACCGCGCGAGGGGCACGGCAUUGGUGUCGCCUGAGGAGGUCAUCUCUGCCCUGCGGAAAUGCUCCAAACCAGGCGGCCCCUUGCGCACCCGGAAGCUGGGCUCUGUGGGCGCCAUUGCGGUGGCGUUGGCGAGGACCAGUGAUGCUGAGAUGGAUGCGCCUUUGCUGAACAUGCUGGAGGAGGCGCCCCUUUCAGCGUUCCGAGUGUCCACGGAGCUGAAGAUCACAGUUGCAGAGGCAAGAUAUUUGCUGCAAGAUGCAGAGCAAAGAGCUGUCAUUGUUCGAGACGAUGCCCCGGAAUGUGUGUACUUCUAUCGCAACUUCUUCAAUGAUUUCUGA